AUGAUUUCAUUUCAGAAAUCAAAUUCAAGCAUAAUUGUCGUUGCACCAAUUCGUGAAACAUGCGCACAAACUUUAAGUAUUAUUUGUAAUUGUUUACAUGAUCACUCGCAAUGUUCAACUUUAAUUUCAAUUCUUUUAAAUUUACUCAAACACAAUGGUACUUGGGAAAUUCGUCAUGGAGCAUUACUUACGCUCAAAUAUACAUUCAAUAUACUCAAAGAAAUACCCAAUGAUAUACGAAUACCAUGUGUUCAAGCAAUACGACAAUGUUUGCAAGACGAAUCCGACGAUGUUGUUGCAACUGCUGCAGCAACAUUAUUACCGUUCGUUACUCAAUACGAAUCUGUUGUUCUCGAUUGUGCACCUGGUUUAAUCAGUGAACUUAUCUCAUUACUUAAUUCAAUGGAUGAUCUUAAUUCAGCAGCUAGUUCAAUUAUGAAUCUUCUUGCUAAAUUACUUGCAUCAAAUUCAGCUGAAAAAUUUAAAUUAUCUUUCGCUCAAGUUCUACCAAAAAUUUUUCCAUUUUGUCGUCAUCAUACAUUACCAUUUCGUUUAGCUGCUAUUCAAACUGUUAUGAAAAUUAUUGAAGCUAGCCAAUCGAAAUUAAAUACAUGCACAUCAGAAGAAUUAUCUGUACUUGAAUAUACAUUUCGUCUUUUUUUUGAACGAUCUAUACUCGAAUCUGAUGACAAAAUUCUUACAUUAAUUGAACAAGUAUGUCAACUUAAGAGUUUUCUUUUGUGGAACUCAUAA